AUGUUUUUCCUCUACAAUAUGGAGCGCCGCGUGACGCUUCACCCUUCCUACUUCGGCAAGAACAUGCAUGAGCUUGUCACGGGCAAGCUGCUGAAGGAUGUCGAGGGCACGUGUACUGGUAGCUACUACAUCAUCUCCAUCAUGGAUACGUUCGACAUCUCUGAGGGCCGCAUUCUUCCUGGCAACGGCCUCGCAGAGUUCACAGUACGAUACCGAGCCGUGGUCUGGCGGCCCUUCAAGGGAGAGACGAUCGAUGCUGUUGUUGUAUCGGUGAACGUCCAUGGCUUCUUCGCUGAAGCUGGACCCCUCAGGAUCUUCGUAUCUUCAUACUUGAUUCCAAGCGACAUUAAGUGGGAUCCCAAUGCCACGCCUCCAGCCUUCAGUGACGGUGAUGAAACCCGUAUCGAAGUUGGCACUCACACACGCAUCAAGUUGAUGGGUAUCCGUGCUGAGGUUGGAGAGCUGUGGGCUAUUGGCAGCAUCAAGGAAGACUAUCUCGGAGCUCUUGAGCAAGAGUCAUAG